CGUCUAAAAAUAGAUUUUCAAUAUUGCACAAUAAGGCGGAAGUUAGCGCAACAGUGGUAUAUAAAGCAUGAUACUGAAGAAGAAAAUAACAGCAUCAAAACUCACUUUGGAAGUACAAAACAUUUUAAAUGGUGUUCAAAAUUGGAAAGUAUGGAACCCGCUCAGGGCAUACGGUAGAAGGGAUGAACAAACGUUUCGUACAGCGCUACAGGCGCUCGGCGUAUCUCAUCUGGUCUAACUUGGGCCACAGUGAUGAUGUUAGAUUCCGUACUUCCGGCGCUCUGUGUGAGAAUGAGAGUCUUCCGGAAAACGUUGAGCUUACACUCAACAAACGGAGAAGGUGGGAGAUCCCGGAAGUGUUAAAAGAUCUCAUCCUAAAUCAUGAAACCUUGGAGGACAUUGGGAUUCAGUUGAUACUCCGUCACCGGAUCUGCAGGAGCGCAAACUGCGUCAGCGUCUAUGCCACGGACGGCCUGUUAAAGAAUGGUCGUAUUAACAAGGAGAGGCAGUUCAAGGUCAAAGACCAAGGCGGGUUCUUCCAAUCAAACAGCGUGCUGAAAACUAAGCUUUGGAUCUCAAAACGUGAAUACCGAAAAUGGAGACGCCGGCGUGAAAAUGGCGAGAACGAAGAGCCUGAUGAAGAAACAGCCGUUAUUGAGCGACCGCAGAUUCGGUACGAAGUCCAUGUGCCAACACCACAGACCAGCUUCCUUGCAUACAGCGCCAUGGAAAAACGAGACACCGUUUCUUUAAAAAAACAGUUUGAUCACCGUGGCAGACUUUACAGAGAUAUGCAAAAAAAUAACCACCGCAAGGAAAUUAUUAGUGAAAUGUAUGACGAAUUUAAUAUCAUGAACGAUAACGAGAGCUUUUCUGACAAAGAAGAAGAAUGCGUUGAUGAUGAUGGUGUCGAUGAAGUUAGAGAGAAGGGCUACGCUAUAUCGCUAGAGGACUUGAUAGUUCACACGAACAGAGCCGCCCGUGUGUUGCGACAGAAAUGGCCCUUAUCAAAUGGUUGCGAUAUUUCUGUGACAAGUAAAUGCAAUACAAAUAAUAAGAAAGGACACAUUGUAAUUUUGAAUAAUAUGCAGAAAGAUCCAGUCCACGAAGGAGCACGUGAGAAAACAGCAGCUGUUAAACUAACAGAUGUAGACACGCUGCACGUUAGCGUGGUUCUAAAGAACGAAGAAACUGUCCCUAAAAAAAUGACUCAAAUGUUUGGAAACGAUUACGUUGAAGGUAGUUGCUUUCCUAGAAAAUUCGUUUUGAAUAUAUCAAAUCGAGUGUCAUCGUGUCCUACAUUCAGGAAUAGCGAGGGAUUUUUCAACGCAUUUCUUGUUUUUAUUCAAGACACCGAAAAGGAAAUAAAUAAUAUAAACGAAACUGUAUACAAAUUGCACAUUAACGCUGAUUUCAGGAGGGGUAUUAAGAGUUUGAAAAUAGAAACCAUCUUUGAUAACAUUGAAACAAAUAUUGAAGAAAUAAUAGAACGAACGUUAUUUUACAUUGAAACACUCCCAGUGGAUUCUGUUAACAUGGAAACGACAAGAUCAGACUUCAAAACGUUUCAAAAGACCUCGACUCUGGAAGAAUGCAAUAAGUGGGUGUCCCAGUCCUAUCGACCCAACAACCAAACUGUUCUAAAAUGGCUCAUCAAAGAAACGACAAACUUCGAGGAAGCCGAAAAAGAUGGGUUCGACGUGUUAAAUUAUUUUGACGAGAUCUUUAAGGAUGACGCAACUGAUGUGUCAACUCUAACAGACCGAUUCUGCUCCGUGUGUUUCGAGUUACUUUGUUCAGAACGAUCCGGGACCGCGCUGAUGUCAUGUCACCAUUGGUUUUGUGACUCGUGUUGGCUUUUGCAUUUGUCCACUCAGAUUGAACUUGGCGCCCUUGAUCUCGGAUGCCCUGAAUAUGGUUGCGAUAGGAAAGUGGACGUGGGUACCUUAAUAUCAUUGGUGAAUCUUCGUGACGUCAUAAGGUACGCACGUAAACGCCAUAAUACCCACAUCGAACAGAAUGAAUUGAUGAAAUGGUGCCCGAAUUCUACAUGUGGGCGCGUGAUUAUGGUCAACAGCGUGGAUAACAAACUAUCGAAGUGUGCAUGCGGUGGGCGGUACUGCUUUGACUGUUUAAGAUUGUUUCAUUGGCCGGCUUCGUGCUCUGAUUUCAAGGAAUACAUUCAGAAGAUGAAGAUAAACGGCGAUAUAUAUGUUCUUCCAUCGGAUCAUGUGACCGCUUUCAUAGCAAACGGAAAGUACUGUCCCAAUUGUCAUCAAUUUGUAGAGAGAAAAGUAGGAUGUGGGUUUACGGUAUGUGUCUGCCAUGUAGCGUUUUGUUGGGGCUGUGGAAAGUCAUGGGACGGUAACGUUCAUGACACCGACUGCCAUACCUAUAGCUUAAGAGGUUAUAAUACUAAGAAAAUAAAAGUCGCCGAGUAUCCAACCGAAGUACGAAAAAGGCACGGAUGGUAUAAGGUAGCUAUAAAACAUCACAUCAACCAGCAUCCUACCAGAAAGUCGCGCAUGAACCGAGCCUUGAAGGUGUUGACGAAGUCAGUCCAAGGAGAGCUUGGAAGGCGGAUCCAGGCUGGUCAGCGGGUCGUCGUGGAGGGACAGGAAGUGGAACUCGGCAACUCGUUCUCUGUCAGCCAGACGCUACUGCGAAACACGCUCGACAUGUACGUGGAGGUGAAUAAUAUCGUCGAAAACACUUCCGUUUUGUUGAACGUCGGCUGCAUCGCGGAUAAGGAACGCCUGAAACUGCGGUGCAUCAGUCGGCGACUGUCUGCGUUCGCGGAUGUAAUCUAUGAGCUUUUCAUGAAUUAUUCGGAGAGAAAUGCUGAAGUUGGGGCGCUUCUGGACAGGCUCCUAAAAGUACGUGAACAUGUCCGACGUUGUGUACAGAGCGUAUCGACCACAGUGAAGACUUUGUAAAUGAUGGAACCUUAUCGAUGUGUGCAGAGCGUAUCGGCUACUGUGAAAACCUUCUAAAUGAUGGGACCUUAUCGAUGCGUGCAGGGCGUAUCGGCUAUUCUGGAGGCAGUAUAGAUGAUAAAACCUUGCCGAUGUGUGCAAGAAAAGACAUUUCUUUAGCAUUUCACUGGUAUUAUGAACAACAAGUAAAGACCUGGGUUGGACAGAUGGGCACAAACGGUCUUAGAUACAGACGUAGACGCUACGCCUCGUUUUGAAAGUAAACAACAUGUCCCAGGAUGAUGUUUUGCUAUUUGUAUUAUACUUUUUAUCUAAAAUGGCAUAUAAUGCAAACAAAAUUAUUACCACAUAAUUUUGUUUGAAUUCAAUAGUGUUAGUUAUGAUUUCAAAAUGUUCGAUAUCAAGCAAUAACCAGUCUGAAUAAGUUUAAAAGUGUAUUUAUUUCAAAAUCUUACUUACCCAACCAGCGUUAGCGAUUAACUUCGCCAUGCGGGACGUGCUAUACGCACUUUUUUCUGAGGACCACUCGUUUUCAAACACGAGGCCGUUAAUCACGUGCGCUUAUUCAUUAAUAAACGACCCAAUGCUACUACCGUGGUGACCCUAAGGACAGGGUGUUUUGAAAAUACACGGAGAAUUCUACAGGGUGAGCAGGUUUAACAUGUUUUUUAAAACAUAUUUCGCAUUAGUUUAUAACUCGAGCGAUGUAGUGCGAUUCAGCGAAAAUUUAUUCAACCACAAAUUUGCGUAAACAUACAAUUACAGCCGAUUCGGAAACGUUAAGAUCUUAUGCUGUGACAAGGUGCAGAUUUUAAAAGCAAAUCGAUGUUUUCUGAAAUUGCCACCCAAUUUAAUCGCAUUCGAAAUCAAACAAUUGCUUUGAACGUAAACAAGAUGCUGUAUUCACAGAAAUAAAACUGGCGCCUUUUCAAACAUACAGAUAAUUUUGGAUUAUUCCAAAAGAAAUUGAGCAAAUGCCAAGGAGGUGGCGUUAAAACACAAAAGGUGGCGCCAAUGCACAAUAUAUGAAUAAACGGUCGUAUCGAUAACAUCAAUAAAGGCCGGUAUUUCAUCGGUAUGUAGAUACAUGGACACCCUUAAGUUGUUCAAUGUUUAAUUGUCCUAUCUUACACAGAUACACGUUUAAACCCGCCAGUACAUUGUGAAAAACUAGCUGUUCUGUCAAAACCGUUCGCGAGUCAAAGUAUAGAUUUGACAAUUUAAAAAGUCAACUUACAAAUUUAGGUAAUGGUAACAUAAAACAUAGAAACCGUUACAUAAAUAUGUCACUUUAUAAAAGCUGAACAUGUGCAUUGACGUUACCUCCUGUUCUUAGCGCCACCUCCUAGGCUCAAUAUCUUUUGGAAUCGGCACGAGGCCAAUGUUUUAGUGAAUGAAGCAACUUGCGCGUGUCACCCUUAACAACGUUCCAUAUUGAAUUCGCCUUUCACUGACAUACUUGAAGCUGUCAAACAUAUUUUUCUCUGUAAUCGUAUCAGCCAAAUUGCACAUAGGCAGCCGAAUACACGCCGUCAACAUAAUUAACUCUUUCUGUCAUAGAAUAAUUAUACCCUCAGCGACCGUAGCGCUGUAGAUACAGCGUAAACGACUUGUCUUUAAUUUAUAGAAACAGUUUCCACAAUACAAAAAAAACACUACCAAUAUUUAGACAAAAAGUAAAUAUCUCUCUUUUCUUCAAGUUCUCUGAGCUACGAAGUUUUUAUUCAGCAAUCAAAUUGUAAAGCCCACGCUUUCCCCGAGAAUGGAAGUAUAAUUUUCGAAUGCUUUUACUAAGGACAAAUGACUUACGCGAAAUACAUGCGAUCCCUCCGUGUUUAUAAUUGGAUAUAAUUUUAAACUUUACGUGAACGAUAAAACUCGGUUAUGCUUGUCGGAUUACAAAUUUAAUUAUAUGCAUUUGAAUACUGGCAUGGAAUAAUGUUUAUUGUUAUACCAAUUAUUAUAUAUAUGUAUUGUAUAUAUAUGUAUCAUGUAUGAAUCUCCUGACAAAUUUUAUAUCGCGAUCCGGAUAUAUAAGAUGUUAACAGUUCUUUGUUUAAGAUAUUACAACAUGUAUAUGUUUCAGUGUUUGUAAUUAGAAGAAGAACAAAUCAAGCUUU